AUGUUGACUUGGAUAAGUUUGACUUUUGGUCAGAGAACAAAUACGCGUCACAGUCGUUUGACGGCGAUUGCACUGUGGAGGGUUGCUCACAGCACAGCCGUUAUCCUCAGUGGUCAUUCCACCAACGACACCAUGUUGAAGUUCAUCGAAUUACGGCGCAAAUUGCUUGAGGAAGACGUCGAGCGCAGAUCGGGCGCCGACUGUGAGAGUCUCCAUCGAAGUACGAUUAAUGAAAAACGGCGGGCUUAUAGAAAAUGUGGACGUGAUACCGAAGAGAGAAUGCCGAAUCCAGUGAAACAGAUUGUGAAUACAGAUAUGCACCGUGAGGCUUGCGCAGUUAUGCUAUCCUCUGACUAUACGGGCAGCAGGAAUUACUGUCAACAUGGCCCAGGUUAUAGGCUUGGUCGAACUAUUGACAUGAGAAUGCGGUUGGGUGCAGAUUAUGGUAACAGUAUGAAGAAAAUUGGGCAAUCGGAAGAACAGAUCGAAAUGCUUGUUUCGAUAAGUAUUCUGAAUUUGAGUUUCAACUACUACAGUAUUCGUGAGCUCGGUACUGUAUUUACAUCAGCUAUGCUGAUUUCGCCAUUUUUAUGCGAUUUUUCUGAUUGCAUAGCUUAUCUCUUGGCCUAUUCCUCACAUGUUAAUGCCGUUUGCUUAACUGACUAUGCCAGUUGGUUUGUCUUUCAUCCCGUCCCUUUAUUCCCGAUACUUGAAGUGCACAACACAGACCUGCUCGGAAUUGCAUACAACCACAGAUGCAGUGGCCUCUAUCAAGCUGAUGUUUGGAAGAGCGGCCCUGGGUGA